UGGUUCCGGAAGAGAGCUCGAAGCGAGGUGGUGUCGCUAUGGUGGAGAUGAGGAAUCAUCUCGUCAGUUAGCUCGCUGCUAGCGGCUAGUCUUCUCCUGGCUGUAAUGAGCUUUGCAAUCGACAUCAGCGGAUCGCUCGAUUUGUUUUGUUAUUGAGGCGCCACCACGACGACCUGCUGACAACCGAGGAUGGAUAUGAGCGAACAAUGACGGGGGAGAAAAAGAAGAAGAAGCGGCUGAACCGCAGCAUUCUUCUGGCCAAGAAAAUUAUCAUAAAAGAUGGAGGAAGUCCUCAGGGAAUCGGCGAACCCAGCGUCUACCACGCCGUGGUGGUCAUCUUCCUGGAGUUUUUUGCAUGGGGUCUGCUCACGACACCCAUGCUCACGGUAUUGCACCAGACAUUCCCGCACCACACAUUCCUGAUGAAUGGCCUCAUCCAUGGCGUCAAGGGCCUGCUGUCAUUUCUCAGCGCUCCGCUCAUCGGGGCCUUAUCAGACGUCUGGGGUCGCAAAUCCUUCCUGCUUCUCACGGUCUUCUUCACGUGCGCGCCCAUCCCGCUGAUGAAGAUCAGCCCGUGGUGGUACUUUGCCGUCAUCUCCAUGUCAGGAGUCUUCGCGGUCACCUUCUCGGUCAUCUUUGCGUACGUGGCCGACAUCACGCAGGAGCACGAGAGGAGCACGGCGUACGGCUUGGUGUCAGCCACGUUUGCGGCCAGCCUGGUCACCAGCCCGGCCAUCGGCGCUUACCUGUCAGUGGCCUACGGCGACACCCUGGUGGUGAUCCUGGCCACGGCCGUUGCCCUCCUGGACAUCUGCUUCAUCUUGGUGGCCGUGCCCGAGUCACUUCCCGAGAAGAUGAGGCCGGCAUCGUGGGGCGCGCCCAUUUCUUGGGAGCAGGCCGAUCCCUUUGCGUCUCUGCGCAAAGUGGGCCAGGACUCGACGGUGCUGCUCAUCUGCAUCACGGUGUUCCUGUCCUAUCUCCCCGAGGCGGGCCAGUACUCAAGCUUCUUCCUCUAUCUCAGACAGGUCAUCCGCUUCUCGUCUGAGACAGUGGCUGCAUUCAUCGCCGUAGUGGGGAUCCUCUCCAUAUUAGCUCAGACGGUAGUGCUGGGCAUCCUGAUGCGCUCCAUCGGGAACAAGAAUACAAUUUUGCUGGGCCUCGGCUUCCAGAUCCUCCAACUGGCCUGGUACGGCUUUGGCUCGCAGCCCUGGAUGAUAUGGGCCGCUGGCGCCGUAGCAGCCAUGUCCAGCAUCACGUUCCCCGCCAUCAGCGCCAUUGUGUCCCGGAAUGCCGACCCGGACCAACAAGGCGUGGUUCAGGGCAUGAUCACCGGCAUCCGGGGUCUGUGCAACGGCCUGGGUCCCGCGCUCUAUGGCUUCGUCUUCUACCUUUUCCACGUGGAGCUGUCCGACACGGACGCCUCGGAGAAAGGCGGCAAGCCCAACAUGGCUAACCCCACGGAUGAGAGCUCCAUCAUCCCGGGCCCUCCCUUCCUAUUUGGCGCCUGCUCGGUGCUGCUCUCCCUUCUGGUGGCGCUGUUCAUUCCCGAGCACACGGGGCCCGGAGCCCGCCCCGGCGCCUACAAGAAGCACAGCAACGGGGCUCAAAGCCACUCGCACAGCCCGCAGGGCAGCGGAGCCGAGGGGAAAGAACCUCUGCUGGACGACAGCAGCGUAUAGCCUCGGACUACUACUUUUUGAACUCGUGUGUGCGUGUGUGUACGUGUGAGUGUGUGGGUAGCGCUCGGGUUUCAAUCUGUACUAACUCGUCACAUGCUGCCAGUCGUGGGGGGGGGGGGGGGGGAUUGUUGACCAGGGAAAACAGACCACUGUAGAGACCGCUCGGAAAGCCCUCGUCUUUGUCUUCACUGUUUACUAGGCUUGCAAACGGGUGCAACAUUUCUGGUAAACUUCCGUGGGAAGUGUAGCUGGGAAGUUUGGGAAAAAAUGUCUUUUUUUAUUUUAAAAUAAUGAAAAUAAAGAUGAGGAUUUAUUUGGAUCAUAACGACCCAAUAUAAAAUAUAAUUUAUUGAACAGUCAAGUCUUUGUUUGAAGAGCAAACAUUUUAAGUUCUGUUAAAUGUUCAUUUAGACUCCCACCCCAAAGAAAUGAGAAGAAAUUUAAAUUAAAUGCACCCCUGCAGAAAUGCGAUGCACCCCACCUCCAAAAGUUUUCAAACCUUAGACGCAGGGGUGGAUUACAUUUAAACGUCCUUGUAGGACCCAACGUUUAACUUUGUAAAUUGGCCAUCGAUUUCCAACUUUGAACAUUCCGGUAAUUAUGCAACCCUGGUGUUGAGUCGUUCGCUGUACACACACACAUCCACACCACUUUGUUGUUUCCUCCACUUUUUUUUUUUUUUUGGAUUCGACAAAUGUUGCCUUUCAGUGACUUAGGAUAAAAAUAUACGUCGCAGUCUGACAAGGCGCUGUAAUUGCUCCCAUCGGAGCCCAUCGAAAUUUUGUUCACUGACCCCCACCCAAGUUCUUCCGCGCCAAUUUACUGCCCUUCAUUUUCCAAAUUGACUGCCUUCCCCCAUCGUUUUCCCACUCUUUACCCUACAUUGAUUUUUUUUUUCCUGUCUAGUUUUUAUUUUGUCCAACUUCCUUCCUGGCGUCUGGAAUUUCGUUCCACUUUUUCCCCCCAUUUUUUUAGCCUAACCCCAGUUACUGCCCUUGUCUUUCUAUUUUGGCCCAGAUCCUCCCCGCGUUUCCAUUUUCAACCACUUCCUCCGUUGCGUCUCCAUCACAGGUUCUAUUUUGAACGGUUCAAGAUUCAAAACGUGCAAGUACGGGAGGUGUCGCUAUGGUAGAACAUGGACGGACGUGUGCAAAAUUUGGGGUUGGGAAAGCUCACUUUUUUUCGAGUUUUGGGUUAGCGAGCUGUCACUCAAAGUGUGUUUAAGUUUUGACUUGACAUUAACGGAUAUCAUCUUUUGCGCAGCAUUUCCUCUUCAGCUUUAUCAACCUGUCUUUUGUCAUUGUAAACGUUUCAAGUGCAUUUCAAGUCAUUCGCCAACUCUGUUUAACAUCUGUGCCAAUGUUUCUUUGUUUCUUUUUUUGUCUUAAUGUUUUGGUUUUGCUGCCAAUUUAAGAGCGAUUGUUUUUUUAUCGAUAUAAAUGUGUAUAGCCUUUUAAAACAUUUUGUUUUUAGGAAUGGUAUAAAAAUGGGACGUCCGUCUCUUUUCACAUGACAAGCAUUUCACUCAAGCCACACUUUUGUUUAUUCUUCAUCACGGAACGUUUCAAAACGAAUUGUGUGAUAUCAGAGUUGGACAACCCGCAGCGCGUGGGCUUAGCUGUUUGACGCAGCCUGACGUUUUUUUGAUGUUAUCCGAGAAGGCGAUGUUGUAUGCCAAUAUAUAUUUUUUUAAUUCAUCAUAUACUGGACCAAAAUUGUACAUUUGGAGCUAUACGGUGUCAACCGUUCAGUCGGAGCAGAUUGCGUAAAGUAACAUAAAAUGACCGAUUUUGGAAGCCCCGCCCCUACUCUUUUUUUGGUUUGGUUUUCUUUUCUCGGUAUGGGCGGUUCUGGUUGCACAUUUGAGCAUAGUACGCCGAAACGGGAAGUGAAACCCGCCCGCCCUGCCCCUCUUUCUCUGUGUGCCUAAAAUUAGCCAAGAACAUGAGUAAUGGCGACAUUUAAGUCAAGGUGGUUAUGAUGUAAAUAUGGGAAACUAAUGAAGCUAUUUAUUAAAGGUUUAUUGUACAAUUCAA